GGGGGGGAGGUUGACAAUGGGAGAGGAGAUUCGGAUUUCUACAGACGUGCUGGCGGCAGCACCGCAGCGGGCAGCUCAGAAUCUGUCUCUCUCACUCACCCCCUCCUUCUCUCCCCAUCCUUUAUACCCCCUCCCUGUCUAAGUGGGAAGAGAGAGAGUGUGGUGCUAAACAAGGCUCCUGGACACAAGUCAGCCACACACACACACAACCCAGCAGAAGAACCGAAGCAGCAGAGAGAGAAACAAAAGAAGCCGACGACUCACUGUCCGCUGAUGUCAGCCAGACCGGAGGCUGGUUGCAUGGACGUGGAUGGCGACAUGAUGCUGGCCCACAGCGAGGUGAAAGAGGAGGAGGUGGAGGAGGAGCGCUCGUGUUACGGAACCCACAAGGCCCUGUAUCCCAACAAGCCCCUCCCCGAGGGGCUGCAUGCGGCGGCGGGGGCAAUGGCAGCGGCGGCCAGAGACGGCCACGACCUCGAGAGGCUGGGGGCCGCGAAACAGGCGCAGCACGCUUCAUCUUCACCUAGGCCGGAAGAACAUCAGGAGCACAGCACGUUCACCAUUGCCUUAAACAACCUGGACCGGAUGGAUUUCACCAAGAACUUAACCGAAGUGAUGCCAAACAUUGAGAAGUUGUUGUCCAGCGAUUGGAAGGACAAGUUGCUGGAAAGGUGCUCGUUCAGCAGCAAAGACAUCAAAGGGACAGCAGAGAGUCUGGCGGAGAAGGAGCUGCAGCUGCUGUUGAUGAUAAACCAGCUGUCCAGCCUCCGGGAGCAGCUCCUCACAGCACACGCGGAGCAGAAGAACAUGGCGGCCAUGUUGUUUGAGAAGCAGCAGCAACAGAUGGAGCUGGCCAGGCAGCAGCAAGAGCAGAUAGCCAGACAACAGCAGCAACUCAUUCAACAGCAACACAAAAUCAAUCUCCUGCAGCAGCAGAUUCAGCAAGUUAACAUGCCCUUUGUGAUGAUCCCAGCCUUUCCGCACAGCCCACAGCCUCUCCCAGUCGGUGGGGACCCUCAGCUGGGCCUUUCAAUACAGCCAGGACUUUCCUGUAAACCAGGUGAAUACACCCUCCAGUUGUUGCCAACUCCCACAGGAGCCAGGAGAACGUCGGGCCCCAGCCCUGCCCACUCCCAGGAGGAGGCGUCGCAGCCAUUGAACCUGACGGCCAAGACCAAGGGCGACAUUUCCAAGUCACCGUCGCCACCACAGGCUAAACACAGGAGAGGCCCCUCGCCGGCCACCGCCGCAGAGUUACAGUCCAGCACGGCAGCGGCGUUGUUAACCCGAGAAAUGAUAAGUAAAGAAGUUUUCUGGAGGAAACAAUUGGGCUACUCGCUGGAGCAGGACCCGGUCGGGAAGGCAACACAGAGCCCAAAGAUCUUUCUCGGGAAGAGCCGGGCGAUGGAAAGUCCGGCUCUGAGCAACGGCAGGAAGGAGAAGGACCUGAGGGUAACGGAUUCACCGCACACAAAGCAAGGCGAGGAUGGCAGGGCGGCAAGUGGGAACGAAGACUUCAUCGGCAACGACUCUGAUGGAAACUUGGCGCUUCCCGGGACGAGGGCCUACGAGUCGAGAGGCGCCAAUCACGAGCACAUCAAGCGACCGAUGAACGCCUUCAUGGUCUGGGCCAAGGAUGAGCGGAGGAAGAUCCUGCAGACCUACCCUGACAUGCACAACUCCAGCAUCAGCAAGAUACUGGGGUCCCGGUGGAAGUCGAUGUCGAACGUGGAGAAGCAGCCGUACUACGAGGAGCAGGCCCGGCUGAGCCGCCAGCACCUGGAGAAGUACCCGGACUACAAGUACAAGCCGCGGCCCAAGCGCACCUGCAUCGUGGACGGCAAGCGGCUCAGGGUGGGCGAGUACAAGGCGCUGAUGAAGUACCGGCGCCAGGAGGUACAACAGUGCUACUCUGUCGGCCAGCAAGAGCAAGUCCACCUGCACCCCACGGACAUGCUGUAUGGGGGUUCGCUGGCCAUGGGCUCUGUGCCAGUGCAGCAGGCCGCGGCAGAGACGUUCCCACUCUGCAGCCCCGACCCCAGCAUGCCCGUCAUCCUCAACACCCGCAGCCUGCAGCACGAGAUGCAGCAGCACGAGGCACCGCCGCAUGGCAAGGAGCUGCGGCUGACGGACUCCAGCGCGGACAUGUACGAGUAUGUGGAAGAGGAGGAUUCCGAUGUGGAGUAUCGCAGCGACGGUGACAACGUGGUCCUCACUGACUAACGUGUCUGCGUGUGUGUGUGUCUGUCUGUCUGUGUGUGUGUGUGUGUGUGUGUGUGUGUGUCUGUGUGUGUGUGUUUGUGGCUGUGUGGGGCUGUGUGUGACUGUCUGUCCAUGUGUCUG